GUUGUUACGGUCUAAUUGAUCUUUUUGUAAAGGUUAAUAAAGGUAAAUUUUAAAAUAGUGUAUUGUAUACAAUAUUUGAAAUGGUUUUCAUAUUUUUAAACUGGAACCAAACAAACAAAAAAGGAAGCUAAUGAGGACAAUUCGUUGUUCGUUGUUGAACACAAUUUGAUGAAAAUAAGGAAUAGAAAUGGACGAUGAUAAAUGGGAAAAUGCUAAUGUGCAAGAAAAGCAAACCGAAGUGUUCCAUAUAUAUAAUAAUCAACAAAAUGAUCCCGAGUAUUCUAAGAAAUUAAAUCUUAUAUAUGAGUGCCAGCAACUUGUAGGAAAUGACAGAUCAGGAAGAUUACCUCUAAACAUUGCCGUGAUUGGAGCUCCAGGUUGUGGAAAGUCGUCGUUUCUCAACACGGUUUUUGCUAGUUGCAAUACUGACAGUUGGCGGGAAAUUGCACCUGUUGGAUAUUAUAAAAUACAAGGUUCUCAAUUACACUUCACGGAACGUUUCAAAAGCAGCUUCACUAAAAAGGACUACUACAGAGGAGGCUCCAAAGAUGACGGUGUUUUGUUGCCAACGUUUUUGGACAUGACUGGUUUUCCUGAUGAAAAUUCUAAAACUGUUCUGGAUCUGUUAGAGAUGGUAUUUUCUGGUAGAAUCAAAGAGCUACAGAAAAUGUCGAAUUUCGUACAGGGAGCCAAACACAUGUCUUCAAGUGUAAAUCUUUAUAACAAAGAAGUCAAUCAUCUACCGGUCGAUCGAAUCAUUGUUGUUUCCACGCUUGAUCCUGAUUCUAUUUUACCAUCUAAUUUAUUGUGUAGCAUAGUGGAAGCUUCACGAAAAAACAGAGAUAUUCCCGUUUAUGGAGUUUUGACAGGAAGAGAUAAAUAUAAUCCAUUGUAUAACAAGAAAGUUUCAGAGAAAGUAACCAACUUUUGUCAGAUUCUUGGACUUCCAAAACAUCGGUUUGCAUAUAUUACAAACUAUUGUGAAGAGUCUGAUCCGGACCGUAAAUAUUUGAAUACAACUAUUCCACAAUUCGACGUACCAGUUCUCCAGUUCAUGAAACAGGUUCUUAUUCCCACAUGUGACGACGGUCCAAGGAAAACGCAGGUUAAAGACACCCAGCAAAUUAAAAAGGUAAAGAAAAGAUUACUUGAAAACUGUAAGAGUUUAGUUGGUAUAAGCGGCCAGGAUAAAAAACCGCUAACAAUUGCCGUGAUUGGAUCACCUGGAGGAGGAAAGUCGUCUUUUCUUAAUACUGUUUUUGCUGCUAUGGGCAAUAAACGAUGGAUCGAACACGCAAAAUGUGCUGACACUGGUGAAACAGGGAAACAGAUUACUCAACAACUUAAACGGUUCUUAAAAGAGGACUACUACGGAACCCAGGAUGCUUAUUUGAUGCCAACAUUUUUAGACAUGAAGGGUUUCGAAGAUGAAGACACACAUUUGAAAACGGAAUUGCUUAACAUAGUUCUCAGUGGUAAAAUGGAGAACGGCGAGAAAUUUUCUGACAUUGAUUCGUAUUAUAGAAGAUAUGGUAUACAAGCUUUGAGAAAAAAAUAUUUAAGAACCAGAAGGAAAAUUGAGAGAGUAAACAGAUUAAUAGUUGUGUGUUCAGCUAACCCUGAUGCGAGUUUACCAAAAGACCUGUUUGAAAUUAUCAUUGACGUCACGAGCAGGAAUCGAGAAAUUACCAUAUAUGGAGUAUUUACACAGACAGAUAAAUACACUUUCGAUGAUCCAAGAGUUGUGGAAAAAGAAAGAACAUUCUUGACUAAUUUAGGAAUUCCAGAAACACGAUUUGCUAGAAUAAGGAAUUACUGUCCGGAUGUUGUCCCUUCGUUGAAGUACACAAAAACAACAAUUCCCUUAUUGGAUAUUCCAGUUCUACGAUUUAUGCGAGGGGUAUUGACACCUGAGCCUAUGGACUCUGUCAUAGAUUACCCUUCUGAACCUCAACCUUUUUGGAAGCAGUAUUGGUUUAUAUCAUGUACAGUUGUUUUUGUUUGUAUACUAGUAUAUUUGUUUUUGCCCCGAUAUCGUCACUACUACUAAUAUAAUAGCAAGAAUGAAUUUUUGCAACUCUGGAUUUCAUGGCAAAUUUGAAAUUUGAAAUGGAAUGAAAUAAUGAUCGCAUACGUAACACAGCACUAAAACUACAUUUUAAUUAGUUAUUUUAAUCUACAUUCAAACUAACAAUUGUAAGCCAACAACUAAACUGAGCAUUGUAAAGUAGCACUACAAUUAAAUGUAAUCAUUGUAAGAUAACAAAAAAGCUCAUUAUCUCACCUAGCAACAUAACUGAACACAAUUCCUCGGCGUUCAGUAUUUUUGUGAUUUUACUUUUUACAUAUUAGAACAACCACACUCAUAAUUUAGCCCGAGCAAUCAAACUGAUCGCAGUAACCUAGCACUACUACUACCUUUUAGUUUUAUAAUCUAGCAACCAAAAUCAUUAUUUAACCAAGCAGCCUUACUGACAAAACUAGUACCACAACCAUAAUCUAACAACCAAACUAAUAAUUGUAAGCCAGCAGCCAAACUGACCUUUGUAAACUAUCACAACAAUUAAAUGUAAUCAUUGUAAUCUAACAAUAAACUCAUUAUCUAACAAAGCAAAUAAACUAAUCCUUGUAAACUAGAACCACAAUUACAAGUGUACAUAUAAUAAUCAUAAUCUAACAACUAAAAUCAGAUUUUUACCUAACUACCAAAUUGAGCAUUGUCACCUUGCACAAUAUCUUAUCAUUAUAAUCUAACAACCAAUCUGACAAAUGCAAGCCAUCAACCAAACUUUACAUGGUAGUCUAUAACCAUAACUUAUCAUUGUAAUCUAACGAUGAAAGUGAUUAUGAUUAAUUAUAACCUAGCAACCAAACUGACCAUUGUAAGCCAACAUUAAUACUAUAUUAAAGUUGUAAACAAGAAACAAAACUUUGUAACUUACAACCCAUCUUAUUAAAUAACCUAGCACCACAUGUCGUCAUUGAAACGUAACAACACAUCUCGUCAUUGUAACGUAACAACACAUCUCGUCAUCUCGUCAUUGUAACGUAACAACACAUCUCACCAUUAAAAAAAUAGAAACCAAACUAUAUGAACUAAUCAUUGUAAACUAUCGCAACUGUAAUUCGUUGUUACUUAGCAAAGAAACUAAGGAUCCAAUUUAAUCAGUGUGCUAAUCGCUGUAACUUGUAGCAAAAGUUAUCAUUGUAAACAAUCAGCAGUAAUAACAGUAAUUUCAUAGAUAAUUUUCUUUAGAAAUGGAAGAUUUACCCACUGUACUCCAAAAUAAUGAACACAGGGUGAUUUGUGGAUAUUUUGGGGAAUAUGACAUUGCAACAUUUACCCGAAAACAAAAACAAAAACAAAAAAACACCAAGAACACAAGAGAACAAGGCAUGUGGUUUUCUUCAACAGAUUACCUUUACCCUUUAAUAACUUAAUAAGUUGCAACAAAAAACAGCCCGGUUAGAUCUGACGGGAAAAGCUCAAAAAGCAUCCAAUAUUGUCAUUCACAUCCAUAGUAGUGAUACCAUGCAACUCUUCAUACCAAUUGUAUAAAUAAGCAAGACAUGGACAUAAAACGUAACCAUGUUCAACACCGUUAUAGAUAAUUGAUGUGUUAUAAAAUAUGACAAUAAUUAAUCCUUAAAAAUUACUUCUUUGCUGGUUGGAGCAAAUUACAAAAACAAUGUUUUAGUGCCAUCAAACAGUAGAUGAUAGCUAAUUAAUCUGAUAAAACACAAAACCAUUAGCUAUAUGUAUAAAUAUGUAUAUUGAAAAAACCCCAUUGAAAACACCCCAAAAAAUUAUGUUCUCGUAUUCAAAUUUUAGCGAUUAUCUAUAUAUGAAUAAUAGAAACGGUAUUUUCAUCAAGACUUUGAAGCUUUCAAGACUCAUAUGUUGAUGCAUUGUGACCUAUAAAUAAUGAAGCUGUGAUCCACCAUAUAUGCAAAAUGAAUGUGUUUGGCUACAUGUAUCUGUUUUAGGUGCAGGAAGCACAGUUACCACCCCUUCUACGCGUGUUAUCCUUUUUUAUACUAUCAUUAAAUAAUUAUUUCUUUGCAAUUGGUCUGUUGAACAAAUAUUAUUGCUUUUAUUAUGUUGCUAUGCAAUUAAAUUUGCUAAUUCUAUAA